AUGGGCAGCCCCUGGAACCGCAGCGCGGGCGUCGAGGGCGCGGGCGCGCUGCCGUGCGACGAGCGCCGCUGCUCUGCCUUCCCGCUGCGGGCGCUGGUGCCCGCCACCGCCGUGUGCCUGGGCCUGUUCGCCGUCGGGGUGGGCGGCAACGCGCUGACGGCGCUGCUGGCCUGGCGCGCGCGGAGGGCGCGCGGCACCACCGACCUGUACCUGGGCAGCCUGGCGGGCGCCGACCUGCUGGUGCUGCUCGGGCUGCCGUUCGACCUGUACCGCCUGUGGCGCUCGCGGCCCUGGGUGUUCGGCUCGCUGCUGUGCCGCCUGUCGCUGUCGCUGGGCGAGGGCGGCACCUACGCGUCUCUGCUGCACGUGACGGCGCUGGGCGCCGAGCGCUACCUGGCCGUGUGCCGCCCGCUGCGGGCGCGCGUGCUGGUCACCAGACGGCGCGUCCGCGGGCUGCUGGCCGCGCUCUGGGCCGUGGCGCUGCUCUCGGCCGCGCCCUUCUUCUUCCUGGUGGGCGUGCAGCGGGACCCCAGCGCCGCCCCGAACGGCACGGCCGCGCCGCCGUCGGGGCUGGAGGCGGCGGCACUGUUCAGCCGCGAGUGCCGGCCAAGCCCAGCGCUGGAGGGCGCCCUGCGCGUCGUGCUCUGGGUCACCACCGCCUACUUCGUGCUGCCCUUCCUGGGCCUCAGCGUCCUCUACGGGCUCGUCUCACGCCAGCUGUGGCGGAGCCGGGGCCCGCCGGGACGCCCCGCGGCCUCGGGGCGGGAGCGGGGCCACCGGCGCGUCAUCCGCGUCCUAGUGGUGGUGGUUCUGACAUUUGUCGCUUGCUGGUUGCCUUUCCAUGUGGGCAGAAUCAUCUACAUCAACUCGACAGACACCCGGAUGAUGUACUUCUCACAGUACUUCAAUAUCGUUGCUUUGCAACUUUUCUAUCUGAGCGCCUCCAUCAACCCCAUCCUCUACAGCCUCCUCUCUAAGAAGUACAGAGCCGCCGCCCGGAAGCUGCUGAGGGUAGGGGGCUGCCGGCGCAGAGGUCUCUGCAGCGGUGGGUCCAGCAUGGGGGACAGGGACAGAGCAGACACUGCGAGCCACACAGAGACCGGCUCUAACAGGAAGACAUCUGCCACUGGCACAGCCCUGCCUACCACCUCCUCCUACGGUCCUGGGACUUCAGAAAAAACAGGUCUGUAG